ACCGGGAGAGGAAGGCUCUUUUUCGGUCAGAUGGCGUGCUGCAGUCCGCCCCCGUCAUUCUCCAGCCCACACAGACAGCAAAAAGGCAGCCAGCAACCAAUACGGUGCGCCGGAGGAGGAUUUCUGCCAGUGAUUUCAGACGAGUAUUGCUCUGGCAGAUCCGACCCGUGACAUCGGUGGCUGGAGCGACACCCUUGCUAAAUUACGCCGGUUUCCUUUUUACACAUCUGUAAACCUGACCUAAAGAAGGUUCAUGUCUUUCCUUUCUCCUGCCUAAACUUUCCAGUGCUGUGUGCCAUGUCUCUGCCACGCACACUUGGUGAGUUGCAGCUGUAUCGGGUCCUCCAGAGGGCCAACCUGCUGGCCUACUAUGAAACCUUUAUCCAGCAGGGUGGUGACGAUGUCCAGCAGCUCUGCGAGGCAGCGGAGGAGGAGUUCCUGGAGAUCAUGGCACUAGUUGGCAUGGCCACCAAGCCACUGCAUGUGCGUAGGCUGCAAAAGGCCCUCCGAGACUGGGCGGCGAACCCUGCCCUUUUCAGCCAGCCUGUUGCUAAUGUUCCUCUUGGGGGCAUCCCGCUCUUUAAAGUUGAUGGCACUGGCACAAGUGGAUCAGCUGGCGGGCCCAGAAAGUCUGUGAGUAAUGGGCAGCCAGGAUCCCCCUGUGAGAGAGAGGAUCGGAUGUGCCUUACACCAAUGCACAGCGGGAGUCCAAGAAGCCCCUGUUCCCAGGCCUCUCCACAGCCCCCAGACACACACUACAGGGAAAAACUUUCUCCUAUGGAUCCACACUGGCUCAGCCCAGAGCAUGAUGGGAACUGUACUUUGGGUUCUGCACCUGGAACAGAAGAGGAGCCAUCCAGCCCACCUCUGCUGUCAACAUGUCCUCCCGGUCCUUCCACGUCUCCGAGCCCCUCUGCAUCUUUCACCCCGGCAGCUCCGUCUGCCUGGCCCGGAGGACAGCUGGAUGGGGAGACAGCGAGGGCCGUGGUGGAGACUGUGGAGAGGCUCCUCACGACCCUGCCUAGGUCAGAUCCUGCAGAGGUGAAGACUUUGCUGAGGAUGAAUAAGAAGAUGGCAAAGACUGUGGGACACAUCUUCAGAAUGGGGUCCCAGGACGUGAACAAGGAAGAGGAGAUCCGGAAAUACAGUCUUAUUUAUGGGCGCUUUGACUCCAAGAGGAGGGAAGGCAAGCAACUCACACAUCAUGAGCUGAUCAUCAAUGAAGCUGCAGCCCAGUUCUGCAUGCGUGACAAUGCCCUUUUGCUGAGACGGGUGGAGCUCUUUUCUCUGGCUCGGCAGGUGGCGAGAAAAUGUGCCUACACCUCCACGCUAAAGCAUGCAAGGACGAACGCGGACGAGAGCAGCCUUCUGCCUCAGAAGAGAGCGAGGCUCGAGGGAGUCGUGCCCGAGAGUGUGUCAUCACUCCUCGGAGUGGAGGGAUCCGAGAGUUUGACUCAGAGGGCAGAUGACGACAGCUUAUCUGCAGAAAGCCUGGACAGUGUAUCACAUGACAUGGGCUCCCAGUGCAACCAGUCUCCAUCUCCCCGUCCUCACACUGACACCUCCAACCCCGCCAGCUGGAGUCGCCACCUCAUACAGCAAACGCUCAUGGACGAAGGGCUGAGACUGGCUCGCAUGGUGUCACAUGACCGGGCAGGAAAGAUCAGCCUAGGUUCAGACGGAGCUCACGCCACAGACCAUGACAUUAAAGUGGAGAGGCAGAGCUCGAUAGCAACGUGCAGGAGCAGUAGCCCUUGUGUCACCAAAGAUGACUCCAACCACCGAGGGAAAUGAAACCUUCAGGAGCUUAUCAGGGAACUCAAACGUGGGCCUGCCACUGAGCUCCAAUCAGAGACUUGUAAACAGGCCACGUUUACUUCACUGACAUCUGAUGGAGAGGAAGACUCUUACUGACUUCAAGCCAGUACAGGAAAUGUGAGAAAUUACCAGCAACUGAUAUUAUAAAUCUGCAGUGACUUCUGAAUCCUGAGGUUGUGAAUGAAGUUCAAAAUGUUUUUGAUUUUAUAUUCAGUGAAUACACAGGGAAGAGCCUCCUUUUGUUGUUUUAUUUUUUAACACAUGGACAAAAUGUCCCACAGAGUUGAGCUGAUAUAAGAAAAAAAUGCUCAAAAAAAGAACUGAAUUACUUUGUUGUGAUCAUUGCUGUGUGUUGGAUGUGCCACCUGCUUGAGACAAAACGGGCUCACCACAGCAGGGGGCACUGCAACUUUGAAAACUAAUCCUCUAGUUCCUCCGCACUGAGCGACACAUAGUUGUGUUUAGCAGAGAUACUUAAUAACACUUGCAGCAAGUUAGAGCAUAAAAGCAGUAGGAUUAACCCCCCCUGAAGCUCCUCACUCUCAGGAAACAGACGGAUGUUCUGGUGUUAAAGACAGAAUAUUUUUAAGAGAGACUUUGGGGGAACGUGUUUUCAUCCAGAUUGCAUGCAGGCAAACCCAGCUAUGAGGAUGAGAUGCCUUUUGUCUUUUGCUGCAUCAGCUUACACCCCAUCAGAUUUAAAAAACAAACAAAAAAUAAAAACACACCUCGCUCACAACUUUCUGUUGCACGAAUGGUUGAAGUGAUGAUGGUGCAACAUUUCGUCCUCUUUCAUUAUGUGAAAGUGUACACACAGCACUGUUUCUAAGCUGCGUGGCAUGAAACAGGAGCAGUGUAGGCUGUGAAAUCAGCUUUCAGGGUUGGUUACAGCGUCUCGCUCGAGGUUCCUUCAGCGGGGGGAAGAAUUCGGCUUUGAGCUCAGCUGCUCCUCUCUGUCAUCUGCAGUUUAAUCUCGUGCACUAAAGCCACCAUUGUACAGCCUUUGAAAAACCUACAUUCAAAACUAAGUUGUAAGAUUUAUAAUUUUUUUUAUGGAUUGGAUUUUUUUUGUAGGUGUACUGGAAACAUACACUAUGGCAGUUUGUCUUUGGGAUGAUAUUUUUUGUAGUCAUAGAUUAACGAGGUGAACCGUAUGUCAGUUCUUCUGUGAUCUGAGGCACAUACCUCUGAGGGUGGCUAAUCUCACAUUAGGAGAAUAAAAACACAUGCAGGAAUUUACGGAGAGAAAUCUACUGGAGCUUGACUUUUACAACAGCAUCUCGUACAAGCAAAAUCAACCUCUCUGGGCCCCACACAGGGUGUUAAAAUGUGUAACAGUCUUAUGAUUUUGUAUUCUAAUCUCAGAGUAUGCCCGUGAGGGAGGCCGCUGUGCAUCAUUACACCUGCUCGUCUCUUCAGCAUUAGUAACCUCCUCAGUUCAUUGUUGCA